AAUAAGAAACCAAAACAUCCGGUGAGUCAUUAUGUCAAGGACCAUGCGAAGUAUAAAUGCACUGUGAAACAUAUUAUGAUGGCGACCGAAACGGAUGGCCGUUCAAAAUGGGCAGGCUACACAGAGACAGCUCACCCGGAGAUAUUCGACAUCCGUGCCAUGCCACCCCAGCCCAAAACGAAAAAACCCGGCCAGCUUUCUCCGGAAGAGAUAAAACAAUAUUUUGAGGAGGGAUAUGUCAUAGUGAAGGACUUCUUCACGAAGGAGGAAUUGGAGCCAUGUCUCCGAGAUUUCGAGAUCUUGGUGGAAAACCUGGCUCAGAAGCUAUACAAAGGUGGCAAAAUCACAAAUCUCUAUGAGGACAGCGAUGUGUUUACAAGACUGAUCAAACUUAACGAAGAGUUCCCGGGGGCUGCAGUACUCCUUCACAAGAUAGGGAACCUUCCACAGUCGCUACGGAAUCUGUGGGGUAACGAGCGUCUGCUUAAUGUGAUGGAGCAGGUGCUUGGUCCGGAUAUUUCUGGAAUGCCUAAUUGGAAUUUACGGACAAAGACACCAUACAAUGAAGAGCUCACCGUCCCCUGGCACCAAGAUGCCGGUUACCUUGACAACGACUCGUACAAAACAUUGCUGGCGACAGUCUGGAUACCUUUCCUGGAUACAAAUAAACACAACGGCUGUAUGGAGGUCAUCCCGAAAGGUCACCGCAGUGGGAGGGUGGGUAUGCACCAGUGUUGUGCGGGCGGAACCUGGUAUAUUAUGAUCGAGGAUGAGGAAAUGAAGAAAACCUUGGGUUGUUCAACAGAGGAGAGAAAAAUCUGUCCGAUUCCUUACGGAGGCUUUUUGUUAUUCAACAACGUAAUCCCACACAGGAGUCUAGAAAACUUUUCUGACAAAGUCCGUUGGAGUAUCGACUUACGAUUCAAGAAGACGGGGCUACCUAAUGGGAUGUUCGGUCUAAAACCAGACGUGGAAAUGCGAUCCUCUAAAGACCCUAAUAUGAAGAUAGACUGGGAUACAUUUGACUCUAUAGACAGAACAAAGGCGCAGAUGAAGUCAGUCAAAGAUAUUGUCAAGGUAGAGGAGGAACAGGAUUUCGACUGUUCCGUCCAGGGCCCCUGGAUGAGGAAGUGGGAGCUAACUCACGACAAUAUCCACGUGAGAAAACACUUGUACGUGGAGCGGGUGAGGGCGCAGGAGGAAGAGGAGAAACGACAACAGGAACUCAAGGAAUCUCCUGCCACAAAGAAACGGAAGCAGGAAGCCUGAUGCUGUGAUACAAAUACGAACUCGUUAUAAAUUACCUAAAAUAUUGGACUUAUUCCCAUUUAAUUAGGUGUUAUAUUGGAUUGAAUCAGAUAUACAACUCAAUGGACUGUCUUUUAAAUGAAUUCAUUGGAAAAGUGUUAAAAAUCAUUUUCAUUUGCAUCACAGAAUGUUAAUAUGGAAUUUAUGGGAAAAGUGUUCAAAAUCAUUCUUAUUUGCAUCACAGAACAUUGUAUUGUUAAUAUGAAAUUAAUUAAUCGUAUAAUUGUAAUUUUAUGAUGAAAUAAAUCAUUCUAUUGGC